AUGUGGCUCGCCAGCAUGUGCCUGGCCCUUUGCGGAAGCAGUGCGCCUAUGCCCCGCUGCUGUUGCAUUUCAGAGGUUCCGGCGGCAACGGCAAAAGCACAGCCCUCGCGGUUCUCACAGGGAGCGCUCUCGGGGCGGUAUUCGCCAGCGGGCAGCGCGCUGGCGCCGCCUGCGGGCGCCGGGCAAUUGUCCGAGCCCGCGGACGUGGCUCGCUUGGCGGACUCCCUGCCUCGGGCGCCGCGCAGCGUCUUUCGAGGAGCGGAGGCGCGACGCCGCGCCAGCAGGGCUGACUCGCCCCCCUUCGGCCAGUGUUUCUUCCGGCGAGCGAAGCAAUUUGGGCGCGUCCGUGUUCUUGCUACCGAACUGAAUACGCCCGUCGCGCGCCGUUUGUUUCUGCUGUUAGUUACCGGCCGACUCCAGGUUGCUGGCGGCCCCGCGCAUGCUUCUUGCUGCAAGGGGACGCAAAGGACCCCUUCUGUGUGCGAAAAGGUAUUCCUCGGAGGCACUUUACGCCGAAGUCCCGUCCCUGCAAGAUAG